AUGUCGAAAUCACUAAAGUUGCAACCGCCUACAUUGAUAAUCACGAGCAGUGAAAAUGAUUCUGAAGAGAAAUUAUUGAAUGAUAAUGCGAUAAAUAACGCCUUUCUCAAAGUAAACCUCAAGGAAAACAUAGAUAGAGGUUUCUCGAGCGGCUUUGAUUCUUCUUUCGACAGUUUUGACGAAUCAAAUAAUUUAUUGGACAAUUUCGCCAACGAGCGCAAAAAAUUCGUAAUAAAAUGCAAGCAAGAACUCAACAACAGCAAGUUACCGGAGGACUUCGAUCAGUGGACAAUCAAGAAGCAGUACGAUCAUCUUAUGAACAAUAUCAGCAAAUACUUUCCAAAUAUACCCGAAUCUUUGAGAUAUGUCUUGCCGGCAAUUUUUGAAAAUGGGGACUGUAGACGAGAAACAAAUGCGAAGCCGGAUUGGCUGAUCAUGGAUAAAUUUUAUCGCGGACAGCGCUUUGCCCAGCGUUAUUUCAGCGCAAUCGCAAUAAGCAACCUGAUGGGUCUGAUGCAGAUAUUUAGCUUCUCUGACGGACUGAAACCGCUGAUCCUCAGUCAAAAGUCAAAUACUCCAUAUCGUGCUUUCCAACGAUACCUCAGGACAAUCAGGACCUUCAGAAACUGGUACACAAGCGAUCCUUGGUACAAAGGAACGCCAGCUUAUCGCGACAUCCAGAGAGUGCGAAAGUUACACAGUGUCAUGAGGCAGAAAUUGUGCAAAAAAAACUUCGAGGAGAUCGAUCGGGAAAGCAAAAUUCAAAACGCGUGGUGUCCUAUGCUGGGAAAGAUAAAAAAAGAUUUCGCAAACGCGUGUCCGAUGGCGAAGAAUCAUCAAUGUCCUUACACAAUGACGAAAACGAGAAGUCUAAAUCAGGGCGAUAUGUCGGGCACGCAGUUCGCCUGCAUGGGUCUGAUAGUGCUUUAUCCGGAGCAGUUCGGAAUACACGACGCUAGCGAUAAAGAUCUAGAGGCUUUCUGUCACCUCUGGCGUGGAUUAGGCUAUUUGCUAGGAAUCGAAGAUCAGUACAACUUCUGUCACGGCAGUCUGAAAAAAGUGCGUCAGCGAACUAAAGACUUCAUCGAGCACUGGGUGAAACCGAAUUUCCACACGGUGACACCAGAAUGGGAGCACAUGACUACGUGUCUUUACGAGGGCGUAAAUUAUAUCGUUAAUAUAAUUUAUUAUAAAGUUCUUCUGCUCAAACUCUGUGGUAUAUUCGGAUUCAGCAUGCCUCACCUAUAUAAUUCCUUUAGUCUAUCGGAGAAAAUACUGUACGCGCUACAGAAGUUCCUGUUCUCUUAUAUGGUGAAGCUACCUGGUGUCUUCUCUAUCAUGAACGCGAUGUUAAACGCGUGUCUAGAUCAGGCGGCAGACUUUGGACGCAGCAAACGUGACAGUCUUAAAAAGAAAUCAUCCAAAAAGAUCGCAGAGAUUAUAACAGAUUUAAAUCGUUAA